CGCACUACGGCUGACCCCUCCGGUUUCUGCGUGCAAUGCCACGUUAGUAGCGGUAGACACAAAAUACCAGCUACUCUCAUAACGUUAAACAAGAAAAAAGACCAAACCUAAGAGCAAUUUCCCAGCUAAACUGCAGCCGACUGUAUCUGCAGCUCUCCUCUCUCUGUCAAGAAGAAUACUCGACGGUAACUAUGUUGAAGUUUUUGCUCCUCUGUACACUGGCUGUGGCCAGCCGGGCUGAGAUCGCUGAGGAAGAAGAUGUCCUGGUGCUGAAGAAAAGUAACUUCGACGAGGCUCUCGCAGCUCACCCAAACCUCCUGGUUGAAUUCUAUGCCCCAUGGUGUGGUCACUGCAAGGCCCUCGCUCCAGAGUAUGCCAAGGCUGCUGGCAUGCUGAAGGCUGAGGGUUCAGAGGUCCGCCUUGGUAAGGUGGAUGCCACAGAGGAGACUGAACUGGCCCAAGAGUAUGGCGUCCGGGGAUAUCCCACCAUCAAGUUCUUCAAGGGCGGAGAGAAGGAGUCUCCUAAAGAGUACUCUGCUGGCAGGCAAGCAGAUGACAUUGUCAACUGGCUAAAGAAGCGCACAGGCCCAGCCGUUGCCACCCUGGCUGGAGUCACUGAGGCAGAGUCUCUAAUCGCGGACAAUGAAGUGGCCGUCAUUGGAUUCUUUAAGGAUGUUAACUCCGCUGAUGCUAAGGCUUUCGAGAAAGCAGCUGAGGCCAUAGAUGACAUUCCCUUUGCCGCCACCUCCGACGAUGCUGUUUACUCCAAGUUUGAGGUGUCCAAGGACAGUGUUGUCCUCUUCAAAAAGUUUGAUGAAGGGCGCAACACCUUUGAUGGAGAGGUGACCAAAGAAAACCUCCUGGCUUUUGUCAAGGCCAACCAGCUGCCUCUGGUCAUCGAGUUCACUGAGCAGACUGCACCUAAAAUCUUUGGUGGAGACAUCAAGUCUCACAUCCUCAUGUUUCUGCCCAAAGCUGCUUCAGACUUCCAGGACAAAAUGGACCAGUUUAAGAAAGCUGCAGCAGGAUUCAAGGGUCAGAUCCUGUUCAUUUUCAUCGACAGUGAUGUGGACGACAACCAGCGCAUCCUGGAGUUCUUCGGCCUGAAGAAAGAAGAGUGCCCUGCUAUCCGCCUCAUCACCCUGGAGGACGAGAUGACCAAGUACAAGCCCGAGAGCAACGCCAUCACAGCAGAGAGCAUCACUGAAUUCUGCAAACUGUUUACUGAGGGCAAACUCAAGCCCCACCUCAUGAGUCAGGACAUCCCUGAAGACUGGGACCAAAACCCUGUCAAGGUUUUGGUUGGCAAGAACUUUGAGGAGGUGGCCUUCGAUUCCUCUAAGAACGUCUUUGUGGAAUUCUAUGCACCUUGGUGUGGACACUGCAAGCAGCUGGCACCCAUUUGGGAGAAGCUGGGAGAGAAGUAUAAGGACAGCGCUGACAUCAUCGUAGCAAAGAUGGAUUCCACAGCCAAUGAGAUUGAAGCAGUCAAAGUCCACAGCUUCCCCACUCUUAAAUUCUUCCCUGCAGGAGAUGAGCGCAAGGUAAUUGAUUACAACGGGGAGAGAACACUGGAAGGCUUCACCAAGUUCCUGGAGAGCGGUGGUAAAGAGGGCGGAGCCCCUGCAGGAGAUGACGAGGACGAUCUGGAUGCAGAGGAUUUGGAUGAUGUGGAUGAAGGACAGGAAGUGGACUCCGAUGGUGAGGAAGACGAUGGACAUGAUGAGUUGUAAGAGCUGGCAGAGAAGAGAGAGAGGAGACGAGUCCCGCCCCAACCCUUCCAACCAGUCACCAUCACCACCUUCACUUCCCUCUCCUGUGAACAUUAAUACUUCCCCUUUAACUGCCUCAGUCAGUCAGUCAGUCGGCCUGCUAGCCAGCCUGCCAGUUAGUCAAGUCGGUCCAUCAGUGGCAUGGCAGGCCCUUUUUGCCAGCCACAUCUCCAGCGUCGCAACUUCGGGCCAGACUGGUCUUGUCUGUGACUCUGUGGAACAGCACACCACCUCGACAGGAGACCUCAAUGCCUUCUCUACAGAGCUCCACGUCAGCUGUUUGCCUUGUACGUUUUAAACCAAAUGUAAAACUUGCAUUGAGAUCCAGUUUUCAAAACAUUUGUUUCGCUGAUAAAUUUGAUCCCCUCUUCUUAAAAAAACAAAAAAAAAGCCUUGCUGUUAUUCAGUGUGGGUAUGAGCUAAAUGAGUGUUGUAACCUGUAUUUGUAGGUAAGGGGGGGGCUGUCAGUGUUUGCGCCCCCCCUCCCCCCUGACAGAACUGCAGAGGACCAGAGUUUUGUGUGGUGGUUUUGUAAGGACUGAUCUCUCAGGGGACAAGGGGCCAUCCUAUAGAUGUGUUUACUUUGCAAUGUCUUCACUAAAAUCCCCACCCCACCCUCUCCAAGAGCUUGUCAAGUGUAGCACAAACCCCCCCACCCCCACCCCCCCAGUCUGUAGCUGAAACCAGUAAUUUUCUUUCAGUGGGGGUGGAGUCUAUGUUUUCAUUUCUUCAUUCCCAAAUCAUUUUUCAGUUCAGUCUCCUCCUUUCAGCAUGGCUACUGACUAUUUUCUAAAUGGAACAAAGGUUAACUUUUCUGGGGAAAUUUUAUUUUAUUUAAUUGCUUUCACUAUGACUUUUUUGUUUUGUUUUUUUUUUUUUUUAAUGUAGGACUUGUCAUUUUUAAUGAUGUACCAUUGUGCCGAGCUGUAGCCAGCUGGCCCUGUAGGGGCAGAGUUGGCCCUUGGGCACGCUCUCAGACCUGAGAUGUUUUGGGAUUUUUUUUUUCUUCUUGUUUGGAGCCAGUUCUGAUAGGUUGCACUGCAUUCAUGCCUAAUCAGAGAUUCAUUGUGGUUACUAAAGCAGACAGAGAUUGGUACAGUCUACUUGUCAGGUUGGUCUGAGAGAAGUGUCUAUUACAUCUGAAGCUGGUAAGGAACCGUUGCACAGCCCCACUCCUCACCCAUACUGUACCUCCCGCAUCCCUUUUGGCUCUACCCAACCCCCUUGUUGCCACAGCAGUGUGUUUGUUAUUUGUGUGUAUGAGUGCGUAAUGUGCUGUGUGAAUGGUGUUUAAGAAAAAAAAGAAAAAGUAAAAAAUUUGCUGUGUGAUGACUUGAAUGAGUAGUUCAUGUUUUCUGUUUGUCCAUGAACAGGAGAAUGAAUGUACUGUGUUUGGCAGGGAGGGGAGGCUUCAGUAGAGCAAGGUGAUGGUUUUAACAACUGUACAGCGGUGGGGGAUACUUUUCAAAGCAUUCCAUCAUAUCCAAAUUGAUGUGGAAAACGUGAACUGGUGGCCAAUAAACAAAAAAAGGUAUAAAAACA